GAAUGAUAACUUUUCUUUUUCACAUAAAAAAAUAUUUUGUGUCCAAAAGAACCACAUUUUGGUUCCGGACUCCCCUACUCUCUACCGCUACUAACCUCCAGCUUAUCUAGCGCUUAAAAGAGAGGGGGAGAGAGAAUGACAUAGAGAACAAGAACCAAAGCAAACAUUGUUUUCCCGUAUAUAAGAAAACAAUUUAUUUGAAGGGCAUCGGCAUCAGCAUCCGCUGUAGCAACAUCCUCUGUAACUCGAAGAAUGCCAUUUUAUCAAGUACUAGCAGACGAAAAGAUAUUUACCACCAUUGAAGCUUCUUAAGCUCCAUAUUACUACAAAAUUCUGAACCCAAAAAAAAAAAAAACAAGAAAGAGAAGAAGCAUAUAUAUAUAUAGACCCUUCAUUUUCACUCCUUUUUCCUGCCACCCCCAUUUGAAAAUCUUGAAGUAUAAUCCAAGUUUUACCCCUCUCUACAGCUCUUUGACUUGAAACUACUCAACUUCUCGGAUUUACGUAGACUAUAAUAUAUAGUUGGUCAUUGGAAAGGACUCGCACUGUAUUUUGAUCCGUUGGUGCAUACUUAUUUUGAAAAUUUGCCGCAAAAAGCUGUAAAAUGGAGUCAACCCAAGUUAGAUCCGCAAGUUGCGGAGGCAAAGCAGGAGAAACGGCAACUGGGUUUCAUCAAAUUAGCGGUGAAGGCCAGAGCAUAAUAAUGCCAGUACCAAUGGAAGCUGCUGGAAAUUCUUUUACUGCUUUACUUGAACUGCCACCAAAUCAAGCUUUGGACCUUCUAGUACAUUCUGACGAAAUGGGUUCAGCUAAACUUUCCCUACCAGAUACUCAUAACAGGCCCUACUACUCUUCUCCUCUGAUUGACAGAGCGUCCGCCGGAGAAUUCGCCGGAGAGUUCUCAGUCUUCGCCGCCGGAAAUUCGCCGGAGAAUGGCUCAUUUCCGUCCGACUCACAAUUCGUGAAGCAAGAACCAGUUGAUUCUGAUUCCAAUCCUAAUUCUUCUCCCGAAUUUUCAAAUCCAACUUUUGAUCAGAAAACCACAAAGCGAAAAGAAUGCCAGAAAAAGGGGAAAGAAAGCAGUAGCAAAAAGAGCAAAAAAUCAGCAAAUGAUACCUCAGAGAAGCUUCCAUAUGUUCAUGUCCGAGCAGCUAGGGGGCAAGCAACAGAUAGCCAUAGUUUAGCUGAAAGAGCAAGGAGAGAGAAGAUUAAUGCAAGAAUGAAGCUAUUACAGGAAUUGGUCCCAGGAUGUAACAAGAUUUCAGGUACCGCGAUGGUGCUGGAUGAGAUCAUUAACCAUGUACAAUCCCUACAGCGUCAAGUGGAGUUCUUAUCAAUGAGACUUGCUGCAGUAAACCCAAGAGUAGAUUUCAACCUUGAUAGUCUCUUUGUUGCAGAAAGUGGUUCUACAGUGGACAGUAGCUUCGCGGGCAUAGUUGCUCCAUCGAUUUGGCCUGAGGGACAAACCAGUGGGAAUAGAAACCAGUAUCAACAGCUGUUGCAAAUUGACGGAUUCAAUCAGUCUGUCUGGGUUAGGGAAGAAGAUAAUUCUAGCUUCAUUACUCCAGAGAACUCACUUUUGACUUAUGAUUCCUCUGCAAAUUCAGCUUCUUUGCACCAAAAUCAGCUGAAAAUGGAGCUAUGAAUGUAGAGGCAAGGCUUUUUCCUAGUGGUUACCGGUGUAUAUAUCGGACAUAAAAGUUUAUAGGAGGCAGCAUUGGAGUAGAAGGUUCUCAAUAGUUAACCUUAUGAGUUUCCAUUUCAGGUUGAUCUCUGCUAGAGAGGGAGAGAAUUAGUUGUAUUCCCUAUAAAUAUCUAAUUUCUCUAUGCAUAUAUAAAUAGAUUUGUCUAUACUAACAUAGAUGAGUCAUUCUCUCUGAUACACUUGGUGUAUGAGGACUGAUUGAUUCACAAUUGUAUUACAAGAAUGAUUAUUAGCAAUUACACUAUUAUGCAGAUUAAACUA